UCUGUCUUAAAUCUCGCCUGCCUUUAGAAGUUCAGAGAAGAGUGACAUCAAAACGGGAACUGUAUGAUAUCCCUGGUUAUCAAUGGCGUUUUAGAAUCGCGGAAUUAAUGAGUGGUGAUUUUUUAUAUUAUUUGAAUUAUUAAUGAUAAAUUUGCUGUGAAAAGUGAACCUUUAUUAGUUGAAGGAGUCGCAGUACAUCGACUGACACAGUACACGACAAAUGGUGACGAUAUGACACAAGUUCGAGGUCACUGACACUCGAGAAUAGUGUCAGUUUUCCAGCAUGUUUAAGGUGUAAAUGGACCAGUAACAAGAUGUCAAUGAUAUCCAGAUAUAAGAAGGAUAGGUAAUCCUAUUGUCAGAGAAUAUGGAGAUCUAUCGGAGUAUAUUUAUGGCCUUUAUUGGGAUACUGUUAACUGAAACACCUGUUGGAUGUGAUAGCGACUCAGGGCUAAAAAUUACCAGGCAACCUUCCACUGGUACUGUACUACAACAUCACCGAUUCUCAUUUCACUGUAAAGCUAAAGGAGAUCCACCCCCUAGAAUAAAGUGGUUCCACAAUAACAAAGAAAUGUAUCGAGAAGGAACUAAUUAUAGAAUAACUAGAGUAUCUGGUCAUUUACGCUUUACUGAUGUUGAUGUCAUAGAUAGAGGAGAGUACAGAUGUCGAGCAGAAAAUCAAAAAGACCCCCCUGUUAAUUCUAAAACUGUCACAUUAACUGUUCAUGUUCCUGCUGAAAUCAUAGACUUUACAACAGAUAAAGUACUAGAGUAUGGUACAAUGUUAACAUUAACAUGUGAAGCUGCUGGAAUACCUAUACCUACCCUUCAAUGGAAGAAAAAUGACCAAGUGAUACAUAAAGAAAUUCCUGCUGAAGAUAAUCGAAGUUAUGUUAAUAUAACAACACCCCCUAUUGUUAAAUCAAAAUAUACCAUCAACGUUACAGAAGUGGCUAGAUAUGUCUGUGAAGCAACAAAUCAUCAUAUUGGUGGAACUAAAACAGAUAAAAAAACUGCGCGUAUUUAUCUCCUAGCUGAUAAUACUGGAUCAUCAAGUCCUAAUGGUCAUUGUGCCACAUAUAAUGGUACAAUAUGUAGAGAUAUACUUGGGUCACAACCUGUAUUUUACAACACAUCCUAUUAUAACAAUACCUAUCAUAUGAAUGAAGAUAUAGUUGUACGUUUGUUAAAAGAGAUGAAUGAAAAGAGAUUAUUUGAUUCUAUGUGUAAAGUUCCAGCUAAAAAAUUACUCUGUCACUAUGCUUUUCCUGACUGUGAUAAUAUUGGUGAUCCAACACCGCCCUACCCUUUAUGCAGAGAGAGUUGUUUGGCUGUUAAAGACUUACUAUGUUACAAACAGUGGAAUUUGAUAUUAGAGAAUAAAACCGACGGGAUAUAUUUCCUAAACCGAGCCCACUUUAGAUUGCCUAACUGUCAAGAACUGCCCUCUAUGUGGGAUAGUGCUAGUAAAUGUACAGAUGGUCACUUGUUUGAGAAAAGACUUGAUGAAGUAUCCAGUGAGUGUUACAAAGGUAAAGGACAGUGGUAUAAUGGUACAGUUAAUGUAACAAAAUCUGGUCUUGCGUGUCAACGCUGGGAUCACCAACAUCCUCAGACACAUCAACGACCACCAGAAGUUUUCUUAGACUUAAAAAAUUCAGAAAAUUACUGUAGAAAUCCAGGCGAAGAAGAAAGCCAACCAUGGUGUUAUACCAUGGAUAAAUUACACCGCUGGGAACUAUGCGCUAUACCAAAGUGUGACACAUCAACCACAACAGAAAGAGCUGAGAUCAACAAUGCACUUACUGCUGAACCAUUUCAGUUAAAAACCAUCAUCAUUAUAUUCAUUGUAUCGGCCGUGGCCAUAUUCAUCAUUGUCCUAGUGGUGAUUUUAUGUUAUAAACUUUGUGUUCAAAAUAAUAAUCAAUUUAACUAUGACCCGACACCACAAGAAGACUUAGAAAUACAUAUUUCAAAACUACCUCAAAAUUCUUUAUAUCAUAGAGUAAAAGACAAGCCAAAGUUGAACCCUAAAUUAGAGGGAUUAGAAUUUCCUAGAAAUGAUGUUGUGUAUAUCCGCGAUAUUGGACAAGGUGCCUUUGGUCGUGUUUUUAAAGCAAAAGCACCAGAGCUAGUAAAAGGUGAAGAUUUUACGAUGGUUGCCGUUAAAAUGCUAAAAGAAGAUGCAUCUGAUGAUUUGCAAUCCGACUUUGAGCGUGAAGCAUCCCUAUUGGUGGAGUUUAACCAUACCAAUAUAGUCAAAUUACUAGGUGUGUGUGCAGUGGGUAAACCAAUGUGUUUACUGUUUGAAUACAUGAGUAAAGGUGAUCUGAACGAAUUUCUUCGCUUUUGUAGUCCUGAUCAUUUCAUCAUUCAUUCUCAUUCUCGUGACAUUUAUUCUCAUGAAUAUUCAACAUUAGAGAGUGUUAACCAGUUGUAUAUAGCUAAACAAAUUGCCAGUGGUAUGGUGUAUUUAUCAGAGAAGGGUUUUGUACAUCGAGAUCUUGCCUCACGUAACUGUCUAGUUGGCGAUGAUCUUAAGGUAAAGAUAUCAGACUUUGGACUAGCAAGAACUAUUCAUAGUAUGGAUUAUUACCGUGGUAGUGAAAAUGAUGCAAUACCCAUUCGAUGGAUGCCAUUGGAAGCCAUUCUUUACAAUAAAUUUUCCGUCAAGUCAGACAUCUGGUCAUUUGGUGUGGUGUUAUGGGAAAUUUUUGCUUUUGCGAUACAACCAUAUUAUGGUAUGACUCACGAAGAAGUUGUGAAAUUUGUUAAAGAGGGUAAACAUUUGGCUUGUCCAGAAAACACACCAAAGCCUAUUUAUGACGUUAUGAAAACGUGCUGGUAUCGUAAACCAUCAGAACGACCAACAUUCCGCACAUUACAAAAAUCUUUAAGUUCUAUGUACGAAGAAUAUCAUAAACAGAAAAUAGCGGAAGACAUCUGAUAGAAAAAUUUGGUGUUAACCUCCACAGGAUUCUACUAAACUCUAAGAGUUUGUAGUGCGAUAAAUGUGUUAAGUAGGUUCGGCCAGCACUCAGUGUUGUAUGGCUGGUUGGGAGGAAGAAAGGUAUUUGGCCUUUAGUACAGAAUGCGCUAGAGAUACCUAUGGUUGGCCACACAGCCAUUCACCAGGUGAUUCCUGCAAGAGGAAUAAUACAUUGUUGUAGGAUUAUCAAGAAAGCUGAAAGAGUUUAAGAAUGAUAAUAACUGGUCAAUAUUUUGUUUUGAAAGGAUUUAAAGUUUUGAAUAUAAAUCUGAAAACAAACUUCGCUUGUUUUCUUUAAUACCAUAGUAAGGUACUUCUUAUAUCUAUGCUUACUCAAUUUAUAUAUAAAUACAUGUAGGUGUAUACAUUUAAUAAUAGAUCAAUCAAUAUAUAAGUAAUAACAGGGAAAUCAAAGAUGAAUAAGUAUUUAGAGAAUAAAGAAAUAUAUAUCUCUUGAAAUCUGGCUUCCAAAAGGUGCAUUACAUUGUUUUGAGUAAUAAUUUUGUAGGAGUAAUUCAUGCAUUAAAUCAUAUCAUAUUAUUCCAAAUUGAUGUUUAUUGUUGAAUAAUGGAUAGUAUGUCCUGAGCCAAGAGACUAACAGUCAUUUUCCUGAUUUAAAUUUUACAAAAAAAUAGGUGAAAGGUGUUCUUUAGAUUUUCGUCUAGACAAUUAAACCAAACAAAAACUAGGUUGACACCAUCUUAAAUCUUGACCUCAACAGAAACCAGUUAUUAAAUUCUUAAAGAUACAUUAUGGAAGAUUCGAUAACGAGUUGGCAGUUCUCACUAUAAAAGUUAAAAACUAGAUAAUGUAAAGGCAAUUUGCUGAAAAUUUCAUUCAAAUUGAUCCACUAUGAACCGAAAACUAAGCGGUUGAAAUUUCCACCUAGCCUCGAUCAUCAUUACUAAAGUCAGUACGAUAAACAGUCUAGUCUCGAUUAUCCAUUUAAUCGUUAAAUCGUGAAGGAAAGUUAUACAGUAAAUCGGUUCAUAAUCCAGUAAAGAUUGCAGCCUAGCAUAACCAUCUAGAGUUGAUUAUGGUGUGGAUAGGUUAAUUAAUGUCUAAGUAAUAAUUUAGAUAAAAUUUCUGACUUAAAGAAAGACCUGCAAUAGGCAGAUUUAGCUCUUGCAUAAUGUAUGUUUAAGUGGCUGACUGACCUUUUAAAAAAGAAAAUGAUGGAAACAUUGGAUGACCAUAACUUACCUAGGGACUAAUGAUUUUAAUGAUUGUUGGACCAAUAUGCCUUUUGAUACUAUUUUUCUUUUAAUGUGUAUGGACUAAAAUUCUAUAUGUGCCUUUUAGUCUAGAAUAUUGUGCCUUUAACAAAAACCUACUAUGUGCAGCAAAAUAAUUCCAAAAUGGCAAUAUUUUUUUAGAUAAGCAGAUUAUGUUAUAAAUGUUAUAUUUUGAGAUUAUGAUCUUUAUAGUACCAGGAGAUGUAUUAAGAUUUAUAUUCAUUAAUAAUAAAACCAGUACAUGUGGUAUACAUGUAUACUAUAAAUUAUUUUGUUUGUUUUGUACACUGCAGUCUUUGUUUCUUGUAUAUACAUGUAGUAUGCCUUUAAAAUUGUAAUAAUAUUCAUUAUUCAGAAAUCUUUUUUAAAAGUUACACAAAUAUUAAACUUGAUGAGGUACUUUUUGUUUUGGUAUGUAUUAAAUCAAAAUAGACUUGUUAAUGUAUGUUAUAUUAUAUUGAAAAAUAUCAUUUCAAAAUGCUCAGAUAUCAUUUCAUUGAGCUGUAAUCAGGGCCAUAUUAUAGCAUGGGCUUUAGGGACUGUAUGUCAGGUUUCUUUGCCAGUUGGACAGCCUGCCGAGUUAAAGUGAAAAGCUUAAAUUAUGUGUACUCUAAAUUAUCUAGUUACAAAAAAAAAGUUCAAUUAAUAUACUGUUUAUAUAUUUUCAAGCAAAAAGAAACUGUUUAUUGUAGUCGGGACAGCCAGUGUGUAAAAAUUUCAUUCACAACAUACAUGUUAGUCCUAAGACAUCUUUCUGGGGACCUCACUGUACCUGUGGCCCAGGGGCCUACACAAUCUUAAUCUGACCCUGGCUCUAAUCAUUGUAUGUUUAAUUUUGGACCAAUAAUUUACUAAUUUUGAAUAUGUAUGUGAAACAAUAUUAUGUAUUUAAUGUUCUCAAUUUCAAUUGGCAGCCUCUUGAACUACAUUAUUAAUUGUUUACUGAAAUAGUUUGAGAGAUUAUCAUUUAUUAUAGGCCAUACUUGUUAAUUAUUUAUAUUAUGAUCAUUAUUUGUAAUAAUAAAUAAUCUGUAAUAAUAAACAGAUUUUGAUAAUACAAAUAUCAUAGAAUCUUAGAUAAGGAUUGCUUGAUGAUUUUUUUAUUCACUGUCAAAAGUUAAAGAUCGGCAUUGUUAAAGGAAAUGAAUUAACACUUGGAACUCUAGCAUGGUCAAAUGCUCUCAAUAAUAAAUUUACUUUUAUUUCUUUGUUUCUGCUACUUAUUUAUUAUCAAGAAACGCCUACAAUGAAAUAUUAUCUUUCAGACAAAAUAAUCAAAAAUGUAUUUGUCUACAAUUUUUUAUUCUGACUUUACAAGGAAUAAAGUCUAUUAUUAUAAUAUGUGUAUUGGUAUUUGAUAUCCUCUAUCAUGUACAUUUGUUAAAUGCUUUCAUUUAAACAAACGCAGUUUGGCUGAAAUAUUUUUUGUAAAAAGUAUUUAGAAUAUUUUGUAAACAAAUAAAACAAAAUUGCCUGAUUCUUA